AACCACCCUGCCACACAACAGCAGCUGCAGAGCCUCUCUGUGAUCUCUCACCAUGUACGCCUUCACAGAGUAUUACGAUUACUACAAUUACAGUGAGAACUUUACUGACCUUGUCAAUGCCACGGUGGAUUGUCCCAGCUCACACAUGAGUGGCUCCAACAUCUUCCUGCCCAUACUGUAUUACAUGAUAUUCCUCACAGGCUUCCUGGGCAACCUCUUUGUGAUCUCGGUGGUGGGCAGCAAAGGUAGGAAAAGUGGGCGUCUGGUGGACACUUUUGUUGUCAACCUGGCCCUGGCAGACCUCGUCUUCGUCCUCACUCUGCCUCUGUGGGCCAUCUCUGCAAGCCGCAGCGGCCACUGGGACUUUGGGGCUGCUGGAGACCUUCUGUGUAAACUGAGCAGCUUCAUCAUAGCUGUGAACCGCGUCUCCAACAUCUUCUUCCUUACCUGCAUGAGUGUGGACCGCUACCUGGCGGUGGUGAAGCUGAUGGACUCGAGGUACCUCAGGAGCAGCAGGUGCAUCCGGGCGACAUGUGCUGCUGUGUGGCUGAGUUCUCUGGUGCUGGGUAUCCCAUCUCUUCUGUACCGCAGAGUGGAGCCCUCAGGGGAUGGACUCUUCUGCGUGGAAGAAAACAACUCACCCAUUUUUCUGGGCCUGAGCCUCGCCAUGGCUUUACUCACUUUUGUUAUCCCUGUGUUGAUCAUCGUGCUCUGUUAUGGCACCAUAAUGAUGUAUCUCAAUCAGAACUGUGCUGCCAAUCCUCGGGCUGAAGCGCGGCACAGGCACUCCCUGAAGAUGGUCCUCUCCAUCAUAUUGGCCUUCGUGGUGUCCUGGCUCCCCUUUAACAUCUUCAAAGUCAUCAUUAUCAGCGCGAAGCUCUCCGAAGCUGACCUGAGUUGUGAAGCUGAGUCUUGGCAGAGUAACGGGCUCCUCUUGUCGGGAUGCCUGGCCUUCCUCAACAGCUGUGUGAAUCCGGCCAUUUACUUUUUCCUGGACAAUCACUUCAGACGAAGUGCCCAGAACUUGUGCAAGAGGUUCACAGGGAAGCAGAAGUUCCUGCAGAGCCACCACUCUUCAGCCUCUUUCACCAAUGUUGACACUUCAGAGAGCUGUGGGGCAGUCGGUGGGAGAACUCGGCUCCAGAUGUGUGAGUAGGAGGAGAGGACAUUUUAAAUAAUUUCACUUUGAAGGGAGAAAAGUGCUUUAUGUCGUGCUCAUCGUGAUGAUAAGAGACUUUGUGCACAUUUUUCUCAAGGGAUAUUUGAAUACAAAGUAAAACCAGACACAUGGCAAUACAUUUUUUUUGAGUAAGUACAGUUUUGUGAUUUUGCUUUGUCAUAUAUCUUCUGUAUUCUCAUUUACAACAAAUAUGGAAUAUGCUGUUUAUAUCUGCUUAUGGUGCACUAUGCAGUAGUUUAGAUUUAGGAGUCAGUAAUUGAUAUCUUAUUGUUUUAUGAACAACCUUAAACCAUUUGUAACAAAAGUAGAUUGAAAUUGUUUGAAUUAAGAGGUUUAAAUAUAGUCUUUAAAUAUGUAGAAUAACUGAAGUUGCAUUUUCUUAUCUUGUAUAUAUAUCAAAAGCAGGAAUGUAUUAAGUUGCAUUAAAAAAUAAAUGCUGAAAAAAUAUUCCUCUCAAACAAACGGUACAAAGAUGUGAGUUUCACUGCAAUCCUCAGCAUAUAAAUAGCUGCAGCUUUAAACCGUGGCAUGUGAAGUCAAUACAAUGAUGUUUAGUCAGAAUAUCUAUAAUUGAAUCUAAAAUGAAUUAACAAAAAUGUCAGGUUAUUUUAAUUUAAAUAAAUGUUGUUAUAAACAUGUUUGGAGCUUGGCAGCAUUUUUUUUAAUAAAUGCUGUCAUUACUAUUCAGUUGUAGUUGCUUGUUCUUACAUUCUCUAAUAAGAAAUAACAUGUUGUUUCCCUUUGUAAAGUAAACUAUCUGUUGUUUUUUGCUAUUUUAAAUGAUAACAUGCAGAGCCUUGUACAUUUUUUUCUGCAGUUCCCUACUGAAAUGUUUCUAAAAUGCUGUUUUAAAUGUUUUAUUAAUUGUAAGUUUUAAAGCAAUAAUUCACAGAUUAUGCAGAAAUUCGCAAUACAACUUCCUAAUGUCCAUGUGUUAUAAUGGACAAAAUACGUAUCAGCAUUAGCUAUUAAAAGUGUUGUUUUGGUGUUUCUAAUUGUAAUAAAAAAAAAACAUUGUACAGUAA